AAAGAAUCUGCGGAAGCAAGCAGAGGACGGCACAGCAGACGACUGAACAGCUUCUUUUGCCCGCUCCCAUAAAAGGACAAUAGAGAAGCGGGAAGAGUGACGUCACUGAACGCAUGCAAAUGAGCUUGAUUGAAGAGAAUCUGAGCGUGGGAACCACGCACGCGCAGUAGGAGCGGGAUCUUUCGAGGUGGCCUGAAGAGUUUGAUUUCUGCAACACUGUGACCUGGACGCUGCAAGAGAAGUUCAACUUGUCUCGUUAAAGGAACAAAAAUGAUUGGAUUUUACAAACCAAAGACGUACAGAAGCUCCAGAGGAUGCUGCAUCUGCAAGGCCAAAUCCUCGAGCAGCAGAUUCACAGACAGCAAACGCUAUGAGGACGACUUCCAGAACUGUUUUGGGCAGAAGGUUUGCUGUGGCAUUAUCUACAAAGGCCGUUAUGGCGAAAUUCUCAUCGACGCCCAACACUACAAACCAUGCUGCAGUAAUAGUAAUAAGAAAACAGAGGAAACGCUACCUUUCAAUGGGCAGGGUCUCUUGCCAUGAACUGUUAAAGCACCACUUUUUUAUUUUUUAUUGCAGUUUUUAUUUUUUUGUAGAUAUGAAAUAUAUUUAAGUGUAUGUAUAGGACAUUUGUCCCUCUGACUUUUUUUUUUUUUAAUUAUCAUUGCUUGCCAGUUGCUGCAGAGUAAUAUGACAUAACUGAAGGGACGUCACCUUCUAAAUCUGUACAAUCUCCCAAUUCCUGUGUUGAAUUGGAACUGGUGUAUAAAGAGCGGUAGUAUUUUUAUAUGUAUAUUGUUGCUUUUUAUUUUUUUAUGCAGGUUGCUUUUCGAAAGGAUUGUUUCCUCAUGGGUUAUUUUAUUAUAUCCCCUGAUAUUUACCACUGUAUUUUUUUAUUUUUUUUAAAUGGACUGUGAUACAAACCUGGAACUGGAUGAGACGUAUAGAAACCAGCAGCAUUUAUGGCCUGGACGACUCGCUCAGGUUUCUGUAUGCUACCUUGUAACGUUUGGU